AGCCGUCGGAGAUGAGUGGUCCAGAGGUAGCGAAGACGCCGGGGGGCGGGGCUCCGGGGAAGGAAGGCAUGGAGGCCGUAGCCAAUGGCCAUGCAGGAGAGGGUGAACAGGGAGGAGACGAUCCCUUCGCUGAGUACAUGUGGAUGGAGAACGAGGAUGCGUACAACAGACAGGUUGGUACACACACACAGUUUUGUUUAACUAACCUUGUGGUGACACACAAUUUAUAACCAUUGUAAAUCCUAUUUUCCCUAACACGUAACCCCAAAACCCAACCCUAACUCCUAAACCUAAUUCUAACACAAAUUCUACCUUAACCCUAAACCCCCUAGAAAUAACAUUUGACCUUGUGGGAACUAACAGAAUGUCCCCAGUUGGUCAAAUGUUAGUUUGUGUACUAUUCUUGUGGGGACUUUUGGUCCCCACAAGUAUAGUUACACACAUAGUGGCGCAUACACAAACACGCGCACACACACACCUGAUGGAUACAUAUUGGGAAAAUCAAAAGAAAUCAGCCAAGACCUCAGGUCUGGUUCAUCCUUGGGAGAAAUUUCCAAACGCCUGAAGGUACCACGUUCAUCUGUACAAACAAUAGUACGCAAGUAUAAACACCAUGGGACCACACAGCCGUCAUACAGCUCAGGAAGGAGGCGCGUUCUGUCUCCUAGAGAUGAACGUACUUUAGUGCGAAAAGUGCAAAUCAAUCCCAGAACAACAGCAAAGUAUCUUGUGAAGAUGCUGGAGGAAACAGGUACAAAAGUAUCUAUACCCACAGUAAAACGAGUCCUAUAUCGACAUAACCUGAAAGGCCACUCAGCAAGGAAGAAGCCACUGCUCCAAAACCGCCAUAAAAAAGCCAGACUACGGUUUGCAACUGCACAUAGGGACAAAGAUCGUAUUUUUUGGAGAAAUGUCCUCUGGUCUGAUGAAACAAAAAUAGAACUGUUUGGCCAUAAUGACCAUCGUUAUGUUUGGAGGAAAAGGGGGGGGCUUGCAAGCCGAAGAACACCAUCCCAACCGUGAAGCACGGGGGUGGCAGCAUCAUGCUUUGGGGGUGCUUUGCUGCAGGAGAAACUAGUGCACUUCACAAAAUAGAUGGCAUCAUGAGGAAGGGAAAUUAUGUGGAUAUAUUGAAGCAACAUCUCAAGACAUCAGUCAGGAAGUUAAAGCUUGGUCGCAAAUGGGUCUUCCAAAUGGUCAAUGACCCCAAGCAUACUUCCAAAGUUGUGGUAAAAUGGCUUAAGGACAACAAAGCCCUGAUCUCAAUCCUAUAGACAAUUUGUGGGCAGAACUGAAAAAGCGUGUGCGAGCAAGGAGGCCUACAAACCUGACUCAGUUACACCAGCUCUGUCAGGUAGAAUGGGCCAAAAUUCACCCAACUUAUUGUGGGAAGCUUGUGGAAGGCUACCCAAACCGUUUGACCCACGUCAAAUACUAAUUGAGUGUAUGUAAACUUCUGACCCACUGGGAAUGUGAUGAAAGAAAUAAAAGCUGAAAUAAAUCAUUCUCUCUACUAUUAUUCUGACAUUUCAGAUGCGAUAGCCCAUCCUUGACAAGGACCAACGAGUUGUGCAUUCUAAGAUGCCAUUCUGCACACCACUGUUGUACUGCACGGUUAAUUGCCUGUUUAUUGCCAGUUUGUUAGCUUGCACGAUUCUUGCCAUUCUCCUUCGACCUCUCAUCAACAAGCUGUUUUCACCCACAGGACUGCCGCUGUACUGUAUGUUUUUUGUUUUUCGCACCAUUCUCGGUAAACUCUAGACACUGUUGUGCGUGAAAAGCCCAGGAGGCCAGCCGUUUCUGAGAUACUGGAACCGGCGCGCCUGGCACCGACGAUCAUACCAUGCUCAGUCUCUUAGGUCACUAGUUUUUGCCCAUUCUAACGUUAUAUCGAACAGUAACUGAAUGCCUCGACGCCUGUCUGCCUGCUUUAUAUAGCAAGCCAUGGCCACGUGACUCACUGUCUGUACGAGCUAACCAUUUUCGUGAACGGUGUGGUUUACCUAAUAAACUGGCCACUGAGUGCAUAUUAACUAUAUCCUUCUCUCUCUUGCUCGCUCGCUUGCUCUCUCUCUCUCUCUCUCUCUCUCUCUCUCUCUCUCUCUCUCUCUCUCUCUCUCUCUCUCUCUCUCUCUCUCUCUCUCUCUCUCUCUCUCUCUCUCUCUCUCUCUCUCUCUCUCCUCUCUCUCUCUCUCUCUCUCUCUCUCUCUCUCUCUCUCUCUCGUGGAGGAGUUUUCAGAGCAGGAGUUCCUGGAGCGUUGAUUCUCAGUCUCUCCCUCCAUAUAUACUGAAGAAAAAUAUAAACGCAACAUAUAAAGUGUUGGUUUCAUGAGCUGAAAUAAAAGAACCCAGAAAUGUUCCGUGUGCACAAAAAGCUUUUCUCUCAAAUUUUGUGCACAAAUUUGUUUACAUCCCUGUUAGUGAGCAUUUCUCCUUUGCCAAGAUAAUCCAUCAAGAAGCUGAUUAAACAGCAUGAACAUUACACAGGUGCACCUUGUGCUGGGGACAAUAAAAGGCCACUCUAAAAUGUGCAGUUUUGUCACAACACAAUGCCACAGAUGUCUCCAAGUUUCGAGGGAGAUUGCAAUUGGCAUGCUGACUGCAGGAAUGUCCACCAGAGCUGUUGCCAGAUAAUUUAAUGUCAAUUUCUCUACAAUAAGCCGCCUCCAGCGUCAUUUGUAGAGUUUGGCAAUACGUACAACCGGCCUCACAACUGCAGACCAUGUGUAUCCACGCCAGCCCAGGACCUCCACAUCAGGCUUCUUCACCUGCGGGAUCGUCUGAGACCAGCCACCCGGACAGCUGAUGAAACUGUAGGUUUACACAACUGAAGAAUUUCUGAACAAACUGUCAGAAACAGUCUCAGAGAAGCUCAUAUGCAUGCUCGUCGUCCUCACCAGGGUCUUGACCUGACUGCAGUUCAACUUCAGUGGGCAAAUGCUCUCCUUCGAUGGCCACUGGCACGCUGGAGAAGUGUGCUCUUCACAGAUUAAUCAGUUUCAACUGUACAGGGCAGAUGGCAGACAUGUAUGGCGUCGUGUGGGCGAGCGAUUUGCUGAGUCCCCCAUGGUGGUGGGGUUAUGGUAUGUGAAGGCAUAAGCUACGGACAACGAACACAAUUGCAUAUCGAUGGAAAUUUGAAUGCAAAGAGAGACCGUGACAAGAGCACGAGGCCCAUUGACGUGCCAUUAAUUUGCCGCCAUCGCCUCAUGUUUCAGCAUGAUAAUGCAUUGCCCCAUGUCGCAAGGAUCUGUACACAAUUCCUGGAAGCAGAAAAGUUAUUCCAUGGCCUGCAUACUCACCAGACAUGUCACCCAUUGAGCAUGUUUGGGAUGCUCUGGAUCGACAUGUACGACAGCGUGUUCCAGUUCUCGCCAAUAUCAAGCAACUUCGCACAGCCAUUGAAGACGAGUGGGACAACAUUCCACAGGCCACAAUCAACAGCCUGAUCAACUCUAUGCGAAGGAGAUGUCUCGCUGCAUGAGGCAAAUGGUGGUCACACCAGAUAAUAACUGGUUUUCUGAUCCACGCGCCAACCUUUUAUUUAAGGUACUGUAUCUGUGACCAAUUGAAAAAGAAAAGGAGAGCCGCUCACUCUAGGAGCUCAGAUGCAAUAAUUUUAAUAACCAACGUUUCGACAGACAAGCUGUCUUCAUCAGGGUUGUCUCCAAGAGAUGUAUAUCUGUAUUCCCAGUCAUGUGAAAUCCAUAGGUUAGGGCCUAAUGAAUUAUUUUCAAUUGACUGAUUUCCUUUUAUGAGCUGUAACUCAGUGAAAUCGUAUGAAGUGUUUCAUGUUGGUUUUAUUUUUGUUCAGUGUAGAUACUAAACCCUCUCUCCUUCUUUGUCUCUGUCAGGUUGAAGAGGAAUUGUUGGAACAGGAGUUCUUGGAGCGUUGUUUCCAGGAGAUGUUGGAUGAGGAGGACCAGGAUUGGUUCAUCCCGGCCAGAGACCUCCCCUCAGGGAUGGGGCAGAUCCAGCAACAGCUCAACGGCUUGUCAGUCAGUGACAGAGGAAAUGCAGAGGAGAUGGCGGUGAGCAUGGAACACACACACAGUGUGGGACACGGGCACACACACACACACACACACACACACACAAUGCCGAACACAGUCAGCCAGCCAAGCAACCAACCAGUCAGUCAGCCAGAUCCAGCAACAGCUUAAAGGCCUGUCAGUCGGUAACGGAGGAAAGGCAGAGGAGAGGGGAAGUGCCAAACACACACACACACACACACACACACACACACACACACACAGCGUCGAACAGAUACGGCAUGGAACGUUUACGAGUCUUUUUGUCGAGCAAAACUUUCUGUGGAAGGUACUACGCAGCGCACAGACCCCCCUCGCGUAAUCAACUUCGAGUUUCCUUGUAGGGUUAUAAAAUGUGAAGCCAGCUGUAUAGCCUGUUUCUAUCGUAGUAUUUUAUUAAAGCAUGUUCAACAAUGUUGUUUCUGUUUGCUGCAUUUCAAUAAAUUGACAUUUACAUUUGAGUCAUUUAGCAGACGCUCUUAUCCAGAGCGACUUACAGUUAGUGAGUGCAUACAUUUUUCAUACUGGCCCCCCGUGGGAAUCGAACCUACAACCCUGGCGUUGCAAGCGCCAUGCUCUACCAACUGAGCUACAGGAAGCCUCUAUCGACACUGAGUGUACAAAACAUUAGGAACACCUUGUUAAUAUUGAGUUGCACCCCCUUUUGCCCCCAGAACAGCCUCAACUUGGACGGGGCAUGGACUCUACAAGGCGUUCCACAGGGAUACUGACCCAUGUUGACUCCAAUGCUUCCCACAGUUGUCAAGUUGGCUGGAUGUAGUUUGGGUGGUGUACCAUUCUUGAUACACACGGGAAACUGUUGUGUGGAAAAACCCAGCAGCAUUGCAGUUCUUGAAACACUCAAACCGGUGCGCAUGACACCUUCUACCAUACCCCGUUCAAAGGCACUUAAAUAUUUUCUUGCCCAUUCACCCUCUGAAUGGCACACGUGCAAUCCAUGUCUCAAUUGUGUUGUGGCUUAAAAAUCCCUCUUUAACCUGUCUCCUCCCCUUCAUCUACAUCAGUGUUUCCCAAACUUGGUCCUCUGGACCCCAAGUGGUGCAGGUUUUUGUUUUUUGCCCUAGCACUACACAGUUGAUUCAAAUGAACUAAUUAUCACAUUGGGGUCCCGAGGACUGAGUUUGGGAAAUACUGAUUGAAGUGGAUUUAACAAGUGACAUCAAUAAUGGAUCAUAGCUUUCACCUGGUCAGUCUGUCAUUGAAAAAGCAGGUGUUCCUAAUGUUUUGUACACUCAGUGUAUAGGCUAGCAUACUGCAUUUUGAUCAGUUAUGGGAAAAAAAUAUGUCAUGCUGGAAAAAUUUCUGGUAAAAGGCCGACAUUUGGAUGUUUCAUGACUAUAGAAAUGGAAACAUUGUGAUUUUAGAGACACAAAGUAAGUAACAAUAGCUUAUGAUUAAAAGGUGAGGCUAUACUGGGUUCUCACUGACAUUAUCAUUAUACACAUAAUUCCAAUUCUAUCAGUCACAAUUAUCAGCUUGGGUAGUGACAUCAGUGAGCAGGCAUUCAGAGUGAGAAGAGAUGCAUGGUUAGGCAUACCAACAGAAAACAUCUGAAAACCAAAAUUAUGAAAUUCGGACCACAGAAAUCCAAUCUUUAUAUAAAAUGUCUGCCUUUAAACCUAUAUUUUAAGUCUAAAUCAAUUUAAUAUAGGACAUUUCAAAAUCCAUUUGGCCUAUGUCGUUUAAUUUAGUUUAAUUAUGAUACGGAAAAUGUAGGCUAUUUCAAAAGAACAGAAUACCAUAUUUUGAGUUGACCUUACCAGCUAUUAUACUAAAGAUCUAGCCGAUGUUCAACUUUUAAGGCAAGGGCAUCUUUUAAAACCAUUUUGAUACUCACCUCAUGUCUUGAUAAUAUGAUUGAGAAUGUAGUCCAUUUUUGUUUUGAAAUCAGUAUUUGUCAAUCUCUCCCAUUGUUCCCAUUUUCAAAAAAUAUGCAUGAGACCAUAACAUUGGAACAUUGAAAUAAAAUGUAUUACAAGGAAAUAAAGCUUUUUAGCUUUUGAAGCUGAUUUAAAAAUGCUAUAGGCCUACAUUUUUUGCCUGUAUAGUUGGACUAUCCUUUUCGUAAUGUAUGAUACAUCAAAACAUUCUAGAAUAACAUUGCGUGGUAUCAUAACCGCUGUUCACUUUACUGUCAUUCUGGAGAAUAAAAAAAUCUGAAUCAGCUGGUUAUUGUUGAAACAGGGUUCAAGUUCAUUGUCUAAUUUCACAGAUAAAUGCUUAUUAUAUUGAAAUGCAAACAACACUGCCAUUAAUACAAGGAACGUAAAGUGUUUUAUCUCACAUGAUUCUGGACAAGUACAUUUAUUUUGGGAAUGUAUUGUUACAUUCCCAUGACGCCCAAAAUACUGUUCUCGUUUUAGGUCAUACUUAAAUGUAAAAUAAUAGGCACACAAACUGCUGCUAAAGAAGAAUGACUAGGCCCAGUUGAUUAUCUUUGAAACGAUCCUCUUUGAACUGCCGGGUCUGAGUAAAAGUGUUGGAUGGAUGGCUUCGAAUAGUCCAGCAAUUGAAUUGCAAGUUGUUCAUAUGCUAAUAAUCCAAAUAGUCUGCUUAAAAAGAUCUUGCACUGCUACCCUCAGCAUUCAUUAUUCUUAGAGGAGGUCAGAACAAGCAAUGCAACCUGAAUUUAUCCUCUGUGCUUGGAAAGAAUAUAGUGGUGCAUGAAGGCGAACACCUACAGACGGGAACGACAGACACGACCAAAAGUAUUUGGACACCUGCUCGUCGAAAAUCUCAUUCCAAAGUCAUGGCCGUUUAAUAUGGAGUUAGUCUCCCCUUUGCUGCUAUAACAGCCUCCACUCUUCUGGGAAGGCUUUCCACUAGAACAUUGCUGUGGGGACUUGCUUCCAUUCAGAGCAUUAGGGAGGUCGGGCACUGAUUGUGGGCGGUUAGGCCUGGCUCGCAGUCGGCGUUCCAAUUCAUCCCAAAGGUGUUCGAUGGUGUUGAAGUCAGUCAAGUUCUUCCACACCGAUCUCGACAAACCAUUUCUGUAUGGACCUUGCUUUGUGCACGGGGGAAACCAAGAUGGCGCCGGAGGGGAUGGCUGCCGUUUUAUGGACUCUUAACCAACCCUGCUAUUUUGUGUUUUUUUUCGCAUUGUUUGUAACUUAUUUUGUACAUAACUUUGCUGCUACCGUCUCUUAUGACCGAAAAGAGUUUAUGGACAUCAGAAUAGCGAUUAUUCACCUUGAACUGGACAAAUAAUUUUUCUUUAAUGAGUCUGACGAGAUCGAUUUGCUCCAGACACCCGACAGUGCCCUCAUUCCCAUCAUUCGCAGUAGAAAGAAAAUGAUAUUGCGGAAGGAGAUCGGGGUGCUUGGUAAGGAGCUGGCAACGAGUGGCUAAUCUGGCUUUGACCUCGAUACUAUUGGCCAACUUACAACCGCUUGAUAAUAAAGUGGACGAACUACAGGCACGAAUAUCCUACCAACGGGACAUUAAAAACUGUAAUAUCUUAUGUUUCACCAAGUCGUGGCUGAACGAAGACAAAACCUAUCACUAAGCUAAGGACCCUGGGACUAAACUCCUCCCUCUGCAACUGGAUCCUGGACUUCCUGACGGGCCGCCCCCAGGUGGUAAGGGUAGGUAACAACACAUCCGCCAUGUUGAUCCUCAACACGGGGGCCCCUCAGGGGUGCGUGCUCAGUCCCCUCCUGUACUCCCUGUUCACUCAUGACUGCAUGGCCAGGCACGACUCCAACACCAUCAUUAAGUUUGCCGAUGACACAACAGUGGUAGGCCUGAUCACCGACAAUGACGAGACAGUCUAUAGGGAGGAGGUCAGAGACCAGGCCGUGUGGUACCAGGACAACAACCUAUCCCUCAACGUGAUCAAGACAAAGGAGAUGAUUGUGGACUACAGGAAAAAGAAGAGGACCGAGCACGCCCCCAUUCUCAUCUACUGGGCUGUAGUGGAGUAGGUUUAGAGCUUCAAGUUCCUUGGUGUCCACAUCACCAACAAACUAACAUGGUCCAAGCAUACCAAGACAGUCGUGAGGAGGGCACGACAAAACCUAUUCCUCCUAAGGAGACUGAAAAGAUUUGGCAUGGGUCCUCAGAUCCUCAAAAGGUUCUACAGCUGCACAAUCGAGAGCAUCCUGGCUGGUUGCAUCACUUCCUGGUAUGGCAACUGCUCGGCCUCCGAACGCAAGGCACUACCAAGGGUAGUGCGUACGGCCCAGUACAUCACUGGGGCCAAGCUUCCUGCCAUCCAGGACCUCUAUACUAGGCGGUGUCAGAGGAAGGCCCUAAAAAUUGUCGAAGACUCCAGCCACCCUAGUCAUAGACUGUUCUCUCUGCUACCGCACGGCAAGCGGUACCGGAGCGCCAUGUCUAGGUCCAAGAGGCUUAUAAACAGCUUCUACCCCCAAUCCAUAAGAUUCCUGAACAUCUAAUGAAGUGGCUACCCAGAUUAUUUGCAUUGCUGCAACUCUCUGUUUAUUAUCUAUGCAUAGUCACUUUAAUAACUCUACCUACAUGUACAUAUUACCUCAACAACCGGUGCCCCCACACAUUGACUCGGUACCCCCUGUAUAUAGCCUCGCUAUUGUUAUUUUUACUGCUGCUCUUUUAAUUAUUUGUUGCUUUUAUUUUGUAUUUUAUAUUGUGUGUGUGUAUGUAUGUAUGUAUGUGUGUGUAUAUAUAUAUAUAUAUAUUACACACAGUGAGGGAAAAAAGUAUUUGAUCCCCUGCUGAUUUUGUACGUUUGCCCACUGAUAAAGACAUGAUCAGUCUAUAAUUUUAAUGGUAGGUUUAUUUGAACAGUGAGAGACAGAAUAACAUAAUGUCAAAAAUGUUAUAAAUUGAUUUGCAUUUUAAUGAGGGAAAUAAGUAUUUGACCCCUCUGCAAAACAUUUAUUUAGUACUUGGUGGCAAAACCCUUGUUGGCAAUCACAGAGGUCAGACAUUUCUUGUAGUUGGCCACCAGGUUUGCACACAUCUCAGGAGGGAUUUUGUCCCACUCCUCUUUGUAGAUCUUCUCCAAGUCAUUAAGGUUUCGAGGCUGAUGUUUGGCAACUCGAACCUUCAGCUCCCUCCACAGAUUUUCUAUGGGAUUAAGGUCUGGAGACUGGCUAGGCCACUCCAGGACCUUAAUGUGCUUCUUCUUGAGCCACUCCUUUGUUGCCUUGGCCGUGUGUUUUGGGUCAUUGUCAUGCUGGAAUACCCAUCCACGACCCAUUUUCAAUGCCCUGGCUGAGGGAAGGAUGUUCUCACCCAAGAUUUGACGGUACAUGUCCCGUCCAUCGUCCCUUUGAUGCGGUGAAGUUGUCCUGUCCCCUUAGCAGAAAAACACCCCCAAAGCAUAAUGUUUCCACCUCCAUGUUUGACGGUGGGGAUGGUGUUCUUGGGGUCAUAGGCAGCAUUCCUCCUCCUCCAAACACGGCGAGUUGAGUUGAUGCCAAAGAGCUCGAUUUUGGUCUCAUCUGACCACAACACUUUCACCCAGUUCUCCUCUGAAUCAUUCAGAUGUUCAUUGGCAAACUUCAGACGGGCCUGUAUAUGUGCUUUCUUGAGCAGGGGGACCUUGCGGGCGCUGCAGGAUUUCAGUCCUUCACGGCGUAGUGUGUUGCCAAUUGUUUUCUUGGUGACUAUGGUCCCAGCUGCCUUGAGAUCAUUGACAAGAUCCUCCCGUGUAGUUCUGGGCUGAUUCCUCACCGUUCUCAUGAUCAUUGCAACUCCACGAGGUGAGAUCUUGCAUGGAGCCCCAGGCCGAGGGAGAUUGACAGUUAUUUUGUGUUUCUUCCAUUUGCGAAUAAUCACACCAACUGUUGUCACCUUCUCACCAAGCUGCUUGGCGAUGGUCUUGUAGCUCAUUCCAGCCUUGUGUAGGUCUACAAUCUUGUCCCUGACAUCCUUGGAGAGCUCUUUGGUCUUGGCCAUGGUGGAGAGUUUGGAAUCUGAUUGAUUGAUUGCUUCUGUGGACAGGUGUCUUUUUUAUACAGGUAACAAACUGAGAUUAGGAGCACUCCCUUUAAGAGUGUGCUCCUAAUCUCAGCUCGUUACCUGUAUAGAAGACACCUGUGAGCAAGAAAUCUUCCUGAUUGAGAGGGGGUCAAAUAUUUAUUUCCCUUAUUAAAAUGCAAAUCAAUUUAUAACAUUUUUAACAUGCGUUUUUCUGGAUUUUUUUGUUGUUAUUCUGUCUCUCACUGUUGAAAUAAACCUACCAUUAUCUGGAGAACACAACCAUAUUCCGAACAAUGCUUGGAUUCAGAUCCGAAAGGUGAUAAAUGGCCUGAAGGAGAGAAGCCUGGAGACCCAGGAAGAAACCAACCAAGUUGUGGACCGUGGUACACAUGGAUGGCCUGCGUCUAUUUGGGGAGAAAUGCCCUCUCUGAAAAACAUGAAGUUGGUGCAGACACACCGACAAAAGAACUACCUGGCAUGGCCCCUCUACCUACAUCCCUCUCCGAACUCGUCCUCCCUGACAGCUACAACGGAGAGCUGUUCCUCCAGCAUGACAGUGGACCCGGGCCAGACAGAAUUCUCAUCUUCACAACCACAUAUGCAACUUGGAGUCCCUGUGCAACUCUUAAGUACAGGUUUGCAGAUGGAACAUUCAAGACAACCGCUCCUUUGUUUAGCCAGUUGUACACCAUUCACGGGUUGCAGGAGGGGAACAUGGUUCCAACAGUCUUGAUGUUGCUGCCCAAUAAGACUGAGGUAUGUAUCAACAAUUGCUUUUGACGUUUUAUUGAAGUGUUAAAAAAAGUCAAUUUUAAGCAACUAAAUGUAGGCCUAAACUUGCAGUCUAACAUGAUAUAUUUUCUAUUUUUAGGGAACAUACGCUCGUGCGUAUGCGGUGCUGAAAAGCCUGAGGCCCGACCUGAAACUCCAUCAUGAC